AAUAAAAUCAUCCUUUAAAAUUUUUAUAUGAUUUUAGAACACAGAAAUCCAAUUCAAAAGAUGAUGAAGCAAUUCACUCUUUAUCUAUGCUGGCAGAUUUUCGCUUAUAAAUGAUUAUGAGCAAAAAUUUAUUUUCGAGCAACAGUUAAGCAAUUUUUCAUUGAACAAAUUGACUGCUUUAAGGUGUAACACAAAAAAUUUAUUUUCUAGAUUUAAUUAUGCAGAUCGAUAUAUCAAGUAUACUUUAUUCCUGAGAUAUUAUUGCAUUUUCAUACAAUCAACUAAAUGCUCAAGUGUGUAUAUUCUGACGAGAAUAGUCGAAAACUAAUUUCAACUAAAACUAAUUUCACGAUACUUAAAAAAAACAUGACAUUGUGUUAGCAAAACGCGGAAUUUCAAUAUGGAGCAAUCACAACAAGCAGCAACCAGUAAAGACACUGAUGAAAAUGCAAAGACUGAUAAUUCUAAUGAAUUCACAAAAGCAAGAAUUAUAAAAAACUUAGUGUUGGUAAGCUUUACUUUUCUGUUAUCGUUCACCGCCUUUGGCGGAUUAGCCACACUACAAAGUACAAUGAAUAAAGAAGUAGGUCUUAUAUGCUUUGCCAUGCAGUACGUAUGCGGUUGUAUUACAUGCUUGUUUCUACCAAAAUACUUGAUUAAGAAAUUCGGUAGUAAACAUGUAUUGGUGUUUUCCAUGUUUGCGUACGUCCCUUAUUUGGCUUCAAACUAUUACCCUGUGUUUGGUGUGAUGAUGCCAGCUUCUAUAAUUGUUGGUUUUGCAACCUCUCUUGUUUUUAAUUCCCUCUGCACGUAUGUGAAUGAUUUAUCUUCUCUGUACGCAAAUUUGUGCUCAGGAAACGAUCCUCAUAAUCUUAAUCUAGAAAAUUCUACUGAAGAAAUAAACACUUUGAAAAAUAAUUUGAGUGAUAGUCCACAAUUUUAUGAUAGUGUUCGGAAGCAUAAGGAUAGUAUUAGUUCUACCAUGCAAAGCUUGUUUGGAGAAAAUGGCGCGUCUCCAGCUGGUGCACUAAAUACAGAUAAAGAAAUUGCAUUAAUUGAAUUUGCGCAUGGAUCACCAUUGAACAAGAGAACUUCAAGCAACGACAAGAGUAAGUUAAUUGAAGAAGGCUUAAAUAAACACGAAAAGAAGGAGGCAUGGAAAGGUAAAAUCCAAACAAUUCUGGAAGAAACCUGUGAUUCUUUAAGAAAUGGAACAAAACAAACCUCAAUUACUACAGAAACCUUGAUUACCGCAGAUAAUAAAAGCAAUGAUGUAUCAAAUAAGGCUGGACAUGGACGGAUUUCUGAUUCCGGAGUAUCCCGUUUGAGUUCAGUUCUUGAAGAAGGAACAAAAUCAGAAACUGUUGCUAAAAAUGAGCAAAAAGAUCUAUCUGUCCUCAACUUCCAGACUUCAGAUAAAGCAAUAAAAAUACUAGAGACUACAACAUCACGUUUUUUUGGAUUUUUCGGUUGCGUGUAUCAAGCAAGUCAUAUUUUGUGUAAUGUUGUAUCACAUUUCAUUUUUCAAAGAAACUCUAUGCAAAGAGAAUACAACUUCAACUCAAGUUGUGUGUGUGGUUCAGGUUUUUGCAGCAUGGAAUCAGCCUGCAUUUUGCAUAAUCUAGAAAUGCCGAGUAAAGAAACCAGAUAUAUUUUGACUACUGUGUAUGUGGUUAUUAGUUUUCUUUCAGCAUGGAUUAUAUUGCUAUUCCUAGACAAUUUAAACAACAAAAAUGGUGAAGUGAAGUUUUCAUUGAAUAUAGCUUUGACGACCUUCAGAUUCCAUAGGAACGAAAAUCUACUUCUUCUUAUGCCAUUAUUCUUAUGUUUGGGAAUUUUUGAAGCGUUUAUUACAGGAGAUUUUACUAAGGUGAUUAUAUAAUUUUUGAAAAUCAUAAAUAUUAUUAUACACCGAAAAUAAAGUAUGGUCAAAACUACAGGAAAACGGUUAACUACUAGACACGCAUAUUAAAGUAAAAACUAUCAGAAUUUCGGUAAACUGUUGCCAAACGAAAUGAUGAAUUGCGAAAGGAAUAGUUUAAAUACCAUAUAUUUUGGUUUAAUGACUCAGAAUUAUAGUUUUUUUUAAAAAAU